UUACCGAUUCGAUUCGACUCGUGCCUUUUUUAAUAUAGGAUCAAUCAGCAUUAAAUGCAGAUCAAUCGAGAUAAAAUCGAUGCAUAUCGUCGAGAAUCACAAUCACGUGACCAAUUUACACGAGGAAUCAUCUCGUAAAACCUAACCUAACCUGAAAUCAGUUCGGAGCGGGAGAGAGAAUGAUCGCUUAUUUAUUAAAAAGACUAAAAUAAAUAUAAGACAAGUGUUCAAAUAAAGUUUAUAGAAAUUAACCAUUAGUUUGAACACAUACAUCGUAACAAUUUGCUAAAAACAAGAUGUGCUCGUUAAAUGAUUACAGAUGUGAUGAUGAAAUAUCAGUUAAUGAUAAAAACACAUUGACCAAAGAGACGACUCUGUGCAGAAAAUGUAGAUGUGAAAAUGCUGAUGUUUUAUUAAUUGGCCAAAGUGGUUAUUGUAAAAAAUGUUUUCUAAUUGCUGCAAAUCAUAAGUUCAGAGCCAAUCUUGGCAAAUCCAAGCUUAUUCGACGUGACGAUUCUAUGCUGGUCGAUUUUUCUGGCGAAUUGAAUUCUUCCGUUCUUUUACAUCUUAUCAAAGCUGGCAUGAGCGAAUCAGCUCAUAAGAAACUCAUGUUUAAAACAACAAUUUUAUAUAUAGACGACAGUGGUAUAGUGGAAAACACAAAUGAAGAAAAAGACACUGAGAGACAGAAAGUUGCUAAGGAAGUGAAUAAUUCUGGAUUUGAUGGUUACAUUGUAUCACUGAGUCAAGUUUUAAACAAAAAUGACAACUUGGAUAUAAAACGGAUAGAUAAUCGAGAAAUAAACAAUGAAAAUGAUGAUCAGUUUCGCUCAAUAUUGGCCAAUUUAUCGGAUAACACUUCCAGGAUAGAUUUGCUCAAUUAUUUACGUCGGAGAUUGCUUUUGUUAGCCGCUCGAAGACUCAAUUGUAACAAAAUACUUGUAGCAGAUUCCUCUACAGACAUUGCCGCCAAAGUGAUCGGAGAUGUAUGUUUAGGACGAGGUGCACAACUUUCCACCUUAUCACAAUUCUGCGAUGCUCGAUACGCCGAUAUCAAGAUACUCAAACCGAUGAGAGAUUUUACACAGCAGGAAUUGGUGCACUAUGCAAAAUAUCAUGAGGUAAAUUGUGUUAAAAUCCGGAAAUCCGAUGUGACAGCACCUGCGACUUCCAUACAAACGUUAGCGCACAAUUUCACAAUGAACUUGGAAUCUCAAUUCUCCAGCACGGUGUCUACUGUGUUUCGUACAGCUGAGAAAUUAAGCGCAAGAAAUCUCGAAAGACAAGACGAAGAAGAUUAUUGCGUACUGUGCGACGGAGUAUUGGACUCUACGUCUGCUAACGACCGAGUAUCCGCUGUGAGAGCGAUCGAAGUUUCCAGAUUGGUAUCUACCAAGUGCGUUAACACGCAGACUUUUGAUAAUAAGAAAAAUGGAGAAAUAAACUGCGCAAUAUCGAGACUAAGUAACGUGGCGCGGUGCAAUGACGAUAAUGAGUGUGGGUGUAAAGAUAAUAAAAGAGGACAAAUAACUGCUGAAAACGUUUGGGAUUGUCUCUGUUAUAGCUGUAAAUUAAUUUUCCGACGGUCCGAUAUUUUACACACUUUACCAGCGCCGUUGUUGACAGCCGCCCAACGAAAAUUGUCCUUAAAAAAGAUGAGAGAAGAAAUCAACGAUUUUUUAUUAUGAGGAAAGUUAAAAUCUUAGGAACAGUAUGUUAUAUAAUUUUUGUAAUUAAAAAUUCCAAAAAACCUAAUUCAUAUUUCUUAUUGUAAAUUGUGUAUAUAAAAUUUGAAUAUAUAACACUUUGAGGAUAUACUUCAUAUGAAUCACAAUUAUUGUGUUUAUUGAUUAUUUAUUAGAUCUAUUUAAUUAGUCAAAAUUAAUUAAUUUUCAAUGUUCCGUCGAUGAUUGUUAUGAUGAUAGACCAGUAAUUUUGAGUUUCCCUCUCAAUGGAGUCGUUCAAUAGGUUAGUAAUAGUAAUAUGGUUGCCUCUAGUGGCGAUUACGUAAAAGUGCAAAGAGAUCGUCCCGUUUUUGUUCUGCUUUCGCGCAUUAACUUUAUUGAAUAGAAAACUGAAGUAAUUAGAAAAUUACUUACAAAGUUGAGUAGAUUUUUG